AGCAUAUUACAAACAAACAACGGUACCCGACCCGAAUACAAAACGGUGCUAGCUUUAUCGGAUUGGGUGGUAAACUAAAAAGUAGCAGCAGUUGCAGAUUACCAUUUUCAAUCUCAUCAUCAUCUUCGUGCACUUGCAUUCCUCUUGUCGCUUAAAACCCUAAUUUCAUAAACACUUACGCUGCCACCUCAUCAUUUCCCCAUAUAUGAAUUUUCCAGAACGAUGAACAUUCUCUCCUCACCCCACAUUCACAUCAACAAAACCUACUACACGCACCGCAAUGGAACACCGAAGCAACCACACUUCAACCGUAACAGGCACGUUCCCACGCGGGCUCUUCUCCAUAGGUCAUUCACCGUGCUGUGCAAAUCCUCUUCCAGAAGUAGCGAACCCGGUUCGGAGGAUUUCGUGAGCCGGGUUUUGAAAGAGAACCCGAAACAAGUGCAACCCAAGUACCUAAUUGGCGACAAGUUUUAUAAUUUGAAAGAAAAAGAGAAUUUGGGUAAAUCGUUCAAUGUGGGCGCUUUUGAUGCGUUAGCGAAGAUUUUUAGCUCGAAGAAGCAGAACAAGAGUGAGAGUGAGGUUACGGAAGAGAGAGAUUCUGUGUACUUGAAAGACUUGCUUAAGGAGUAUAAAGGGAAACUUUAUGUGCCUGAGCAAAUUUUCACUGCAGAGUUAUCUGAGGAAGAGGAGUUUAAUAAGAACUUGCAAACGUUGCCCAAAAUGAGCGUGGAGGACCUUAGAAAAGCUAUGAAUAAAGACAAAAUAAAGUUGAUAACUUCUAAGGGAGAUGGAGGAGUAUUUGGUGGAAGUGGUUAUAGGGAUUUUAUUGUGGAGUUGAAGGAAAUUCCUGGUGAUAAAAGCUUGCACACAACUAAAUGGACUCUCAGAUUACAUAACAGGGAAGCUCAAGCAAUUUUGGCGGACUACACUGGACUGCGAUAUGAGAUAGAGAAAAGGCAUACUACGUCUUGGGUGGGGAAAACACUGGAGUACCCUCAUCCAGUUGCAUCUGCUAUAUCUAGCAGAGUGAUGGUUGAGCUUGCGGCGGUGACAUUCUUUGUGGGUAUAGCAGCAACUAUAGUUGGCAGCUUCCUUGGAAUAGCUAUGUUUGCUGUUACUGCUUUUAUAUGUGUGGUAGCUAUCUAUGUUGCGUGGCCUAUGGUCCAACCAUUCCUCAAGCUUUUCUUCAGUCUUGUAUUUGCAAUUUUGGAGAAGAUUUGGGAUAAUAUGGUUGAUUUUUUCAGUGAUGGUGGCAUUUUCUCUAAGAUAUAUGAGUUUUACACUUUUGGUGGAUUAUCUUCCACCAUUGAGGCAUUGAAACCAAUUAUGAUUGUACUUUUGACCAUGGUCCUUCUUGUUCGUUUCACUCUUUCAAGAAGACCUAAAAACUUCAGGAAGUGGGAUCUUUGGCAGGGAAUAGACUUCUCACGAUCAAAAGCUGAAGCUCGUGUUGAUGGUUCAACUGGAGUCAAAUUUUGUGACGUGGCUGGAAUUGAUGAAGCGGUUGAGGAACUUCAAGAGUUGGUGAGAUAUUUAAAAAAUCCUGAAUUGUUUGAUAAAAUGGGGAUCAAACCUCCGCAUGGUGUUCUGCUCGAGGGCCCUCCCGGAUGUGGCAAGACCUUGGUAGCCAAGGCUAUAGCUGGUGAAGCUGGUGUUCCAUUUUACCAAAUGGCUGGAUCAGAAUUUGUAGAAGUUUUAGUUGGUGUUGGUUCUGCUCGUAUUAGGGAUUUAUUUAAAAGAGCCAAGGUAAACAAACCAUCAGUUGUUUUCAUAGACGAAAUUGAUGCGUUGGCAACUAAGCGUCAAGGUAUUUUCAAGGAGUCCACAGAUCACCUGUAUAAUGCUGCUACCCAGGAACGGGAAACUACGUUGAACCAAUUGUUGAUAGAACUUGAUGGUUUUGAUACUGGAAAGGGUGUCAUAUUUCUAGGUGCCACAAAUCGUAAGGAUUUGUUAGAUCCAGCACUUCUUCGUCCAGGUCGCUUUGAUCGCAAGAUCAGGAUUCGCCCCCCAAGUGCAAAAGGAAGAUUUGAUAUCUUGAAAAUUCAUGCUAGCAAAGUAAAAAUGUCCGAAUCUGUUGAUUUAUCCAGCUUUGCACAGAACCUACCUGGAUGGACUGGAGCAAGAUUGGCCCAGUUGGUCCAAGAGGCUGCUCUUGUGGCUGUCAGGAAAAGGCACAGCUCAAUUCUUCAGUCAGAUUUGGAUGAUGCAGUUGACAGACUCACAGUAGGACCUAAACGUGUUGGAAUAGAAUUAGGUUACCAAGGACAAUGUCGUAGAGCUACUACUGAAGUGGGAGUUGCAUUAACUUCUCAUCUACUCCGGCGAUAUGAGCAGGCAAAAGUUGAAUGCUGUGAUCGCAUCUCAAUAGUACCUCGUGGUCAGACAUUAUCUCAAUUGGUAUUUCAUCGACUUGAUGAUGAAUCAUAUAUGUUUGAACGUCGACCUCAAUUGCUACAUCGUCUUCAGGUUCUGCUUGGAGGUAGAGCUGCUGAGGAGGUCAUCUAUGGACGUGAUACCUCAAAAGCCUCAGUCGAUUACCUUGCAGAUGCAUCUUGGCUUGCUCGGAAAAUAUUAACCAUAUGGAAUUUGGAGAAUCCAAUGGUCAUACACGGAGAACCACCACCUUGGAAGAAGUCAGUUAAAUUUAUUGGACCAAGGAUAGAUUUUGAGGGGUCUCUUUAUGAUGACUACAACUUGAUUGAACCCCCACUAAAUUUUAAGCUGGACGAUGAAGUUGCCCAAAGAACUGAAGAGUUGAUACGUGACAUGUAUGGAAAGACAGUCUCUCUCCUUAGAAGUCACCAUGCAGCUUUGCUCAAAGCUAUUAAGGUUCUUCUCAAUCAGAAGGAGAUAAGUGGCGAGGAAAUAGACUUCAUUUUGAACAAAUACCCUUCACAAACACCUUUACAUCUUUUGGAGGAAGAAGAUGCUGAUAGCCUUCCAUUCAUCAAAGAACAAGUGGACGAUUUGGAGUAUGCCUUAAAAACUCAAUCAAACGAAGAAACCGUGUGAGCUAUUUCUCAAUAUAAGAUCAAGAAUUUGUUCCUGGAUUCCUGGCCAAUCAGUGUUUCAGAUUUGGUGGCUGAAUUUCAACAAGAUUCGACCAUGGACAAUAUGCUUGGGUUAAUUCAAAGCUUAACUUUUCAGUGAGAACAAAAGAAUAUGUACUUUGUUGAGCCGUAAAUUUUGCUCUUGCAAUUUGUAUGGAACGCGUGGCAUUAUAACAUCUUUUAGUCAAACUGGCACAAUUUACCAGGUGUUGGCUAUGCUUUCAAGAUAUGUUUGGGUGCAAGAAAAUGAGGUAAGCUAUAGAAAGAUUGACUUUUCAUAUUUUUUAAAAAUAAAAAUAAUAAAUU